AUGGUGACCCCCGAGUCCGGACCGACCGCCAGGUCAGGCCUGGCGAUUAUUUCCCCUCAGACCCUGCCAGCCUCACACGAGGCCGUUUCCAGCAGUCAUGGGGCCGAUGCGUCGGAACAUCCGCAAGAGUCCUUGGCUUCUACUCCGGCUCCCUCUGCACCUGUAGACGUGCCUUCCAUAUUCAACUCUUCCAUACCAGGCCUGCCAUCACUGCAGAUUCGCACCGAUUUACCCAGCAUUCGUCCUACCAGCUCCCAUCGUGAUUCCGAUCCCUUGGCUUCAACCAGUCUGUCCUCCAGCCUCCUGCAGCGCACCCCGAGUUUGCGCGCCCUCGUCGCGCCUCCCAUGUCGAGUGCCGGUUCUUUAUCCCCAGCCUCCAUCAUGUCCUCACCCCAGCUGAACGCUAUGGGCGACAUUACCCCGUUACCGUCGCCUAUCGGCGGGGCGGCACCUUGGCGGCGCGGGGACUUGCCGUCCUUAUCUCGCACGUCUUCCACAGCGUCGCGCAGCGGUUCGAGUUUGCGAUUGAGUGACUCAUCCCAGAUGCUAGGUCCUCCAGUCACGUCGUCAUCCAGAUCCCGAAAUAAUAAAUCAUACAACGGAUUGGAUAACCCGGGACAAGAAUCACCGUCGAAUUGCGCCCGUCGCGAUUCACACCCGAAGCACCAUUCGCGCAAUCGCAGUCUCAGUGACUAUGCGCCCCAAGGUCGCAUGUCUGUGCCUCGCCCGAUUGCGGUCUCUGGUACUGGUCCAAGCAUUGCCCCCUCGUCGAGCACCGAUUCCAAAUCCACGGGACUGCACCGGGAGCAGUAUUUAGCUGUCCAUCGUGGCAUCGCCUUGCCAACCGUGCGCCCUCCCAGUCCUCCCCGCAGUAGUGGAAGUGGCUACGGUGAUAGCGACACCGAGCUUAUCAUCCACCACCCUACACCACUCUCCAAGUCGGAGGAAAUCUAUUCGGUCAAGUCGGUUCGCACCCAGCAAGCCCGGUUGUAUCGCAAGAUCCGAGUGUUGGGCCAAGGCACGUUCAGCCAGGUCAGCCUUGCUGCUCGAGUGGAGCAAUUGCCCGAAGCUCCUCUCUCUCCGGAUACCGAUGGUGCUGGUGACAUUGUGCCCAUCGCAACCACUCAGAAGUUGGUUGCAGUGAAAAUCAUCGAGCAUGGUCCAGCUGGUGGAGCCGAUGAGGAGCGCGUAGAGGUCUCCUUGAAGCGCGAAGUUGAGAUUUUGAAAUCGGUCAACCAUCCUUCCUUGGUUCAAUUGAAGGCAUUCGGCAGUGAUGAAAAGCGCGCCCUGCUGGUGCUGGACUAUUGUCCCGGUGGAGAUCUCUUUGAAUUCGCAACCUCGGGCCACCGACCCAUGUCACCGGGCCUGAUUCGUCGUGUCUUCGCCGAGUUGGUUGAUGCAGUCCGCUAUCUGCAUUCCAAUUAUAUCGUUCAUCGGGAUAUCAAACUCGAGAACGUCCUCUUGACCAUGCCAAUCCCCGCCGUGGACUCUGUGACGGAUUGGAGCACAUAUGAUCGCGCCGUGGUUACUCUCAGUGACCUUGGACUAUCUCGACGCAUCCCCGAGCCACCAGAGAGUCCCCUCUUGCAGACUCGUUGCGGUAGUGAGGAUUAUGCCGCUCCUGAGAUUCUGAUGGGCCAACCGUAUGAUGGCCGUGCGACGGAUGCAUGGGCUCUCGGUGUGCUACUCUAUGCCAUAAUGGAGAACCGUCUGCCAUUUGACGUGCUUCCCGGUACCCGUGGCGACCCGGCCAAGCUCCGUGCGCGCACUCCUCACCGGAUCGCCCGCUGCGAGUGGAGCUGGUAUCGGUAUGCCAACGAGGAUGAAGAGUGGGACCCCGAAAAGGCCGAGGGUCUAGACGGGGCUCAGCACUGCGUCGAGGGCCUACUGAAGCGCAACACCAAGCGGAAGACGCUCGAUGAGAUUGCAUCCAUUCCGUGGGUGCGAGAUGCCAUCAAUGUCCCUGCCGGACUCAAACGAGGCGACAAAGAGGUGCCAUAG